ACAUUGCGGGGAAUAAUUGAGGUUAGGUUGCACAGAGAAUAAAUCGGAAAAUCAGCACCCAAAUCUUUUUCUCCCUGAUUUGACUAUUUCAGAGCUUCGUUACGUUUUCUCUCUGCAACUAACGCAAGAUAUUUUAUCUGAAAGAGCCAUCUUGGAUCUUAACUUCAAUUGCGACACAAUAAUCAGUAAGUAUGCUUGGAACCCAACUUGCACGUUUAUUUCACUCAACCAACUGUAAUUUAUCAGCAUCCAAGUCAGCGCUUGCCGAACUGAGAAAAAAGACUGGGUACACUUUUGCUAACUGUAAGAAGGCUCUCGAAACUAACAACAACGACUUAGCUCAGGCUGAGAAAUGGUUGCAAGAGCAGGCUCAAGCGCUUGGCUGGGCAAAAGCGUCUAAACUUCAAGGGAGAGCUGCUUCACAAGGUUUACUUGGAGUCAGUGUCGAUAACAAUCAUGCAAGUGUCGUGGAAGUCAACUGUGAAACGGAUUUUGUAGCGAAAAAUGGGACAUUUAAGUCUUUUGUGGAACUAGUCACAAACUCAUGCUUGCAACUUUCCAAGCAGCAGAAGAACUUUUCAAACAGCAUUGCAAAGACUAUUUUAGGGAACGAACAGCUGAAAAACGCACCAUGUUCUGAUGGAAAAUCCCUCGGAGACCACACCGCUCUGGCCAUUGGAUCUGUUGGUGAAAAUGUAAUCCUUUCUCGGGCACUAUGUUUGAGUGUUGAUGGUGACCUAAAAUUGGCGGGCCAUGUACAUCCUCCAUCGGAGAAGGCUUCCUUCCCACUUCUAGGGAGAUUUGCUGCUGUGCUUGUGUACAAGGCAAAUCCACACACUGAAAUCACAGAAAAAGUUGGAAAACAGCUGUGUCAGCACAUCAUAGGGAUGAAUCCAUCCGCAGUCGGAAACCCAGAAACUGAUAAGCCUGCAGAAGAUGCGGAUAGUGAGAAAAAUCUAAUUUUCCAACAAUUCCUUAUCAACUCUGAUGUUACAGUUCAGGAACUAUUACAAGAGCAUAAUAUGACUGUUGUAGAUUUCUUCCGAUUGGAAUGUGCUGAAGAAUUUGAAAAUCAAGAAAAAUCAGCCGCACAACAGGCUGGUUAGUGCGUGUUCUGCCUACACCAGAGGUUACAUCAAACAUUUGUUUUCAUUGAAUACUUUUAGAAAAUUCAGUCAAAUGUAGGGCUGAGGAACUCUUUUUUAAACUUUAUUCUGCAAAAACGUUUCAAUAUUCGUUCUCCUGAUUUUUACUUUAUUUGAGUAGGGCACUAGAAUAUUACUGACAGGUACUAAAAAUUUGAAUCGUUUUUUGAAACCAUCUCGGGCAACCAAGUCCAAACCUAUUUGUCGCAAAAAAGUUUAUUGCCCUGAUUAUUUGUGUUUGCUUUUUUCAGUGUAGACUCAAGGCUUUCUAAAAGCUCAAGCAUGUUUACAGUUACACUCUUGUUACCCUUCUCACCAUGAAAACUCAUUAAUAGAACAAUCAAAGUCCAUAGUUUUUCUCUCUUUUUUUAUCUCCACUUCAAGAACUUACAGUGGUGUUUAAGUGUUUAACUUUCUUUUCAUGCUUAAAAUACAGGAUGGUUCAGUGUUAGAAUUGUCAAGGUAAUAUUUUCUGUUAGUAAAAAGCGAUUUGACACAAGACCAAGAAAGUCAUGAUAAUUUGAAGAGCUCAAUUGAAAUAUCAAUUUCUUCUCCUAAAUUUUCCAUUUCAGCUCUGUCUAUUCAGAUAUCUGCAGACCAUCUGCUUCAAUCAUACAUAGUGAUUAGUGCUAUUACAUGAGAUGUUACCCCUCAAUGAUGGAUCUUUUUUUCCAAAUUAUUUUCAAAAGUGAGAACUUUUCUUAGCAUUAAAUAAAAUGUUCCUCUCUCUCAUGUAAAAUGCACUGUUAUGGCAUCCUUUUUAUUCUUACAGAGGAAGCAACCUAUUAUCAGUGAAUUGUCUAUGAAUUUGUAUUGUUUUUACCUUGUUUAUUUUUUUAGUUACUAAGUAUUUCUAAUAAAUCUUUCUUUUAAUCUAAAA